AUGACAUCUGUUCCAAAUAGUAAAAGUAUAAGAAUAAAUAUAAGAUCGAAGCCAGUGGCCAAAAAGAAUUAUUAUGAUAUAAUUGCAGGACUAGCUGCAUUCGAGAAAUCGCAAGACGUAGUGUUGACAAGACAAGAAUUAGUUGAAUUGACUAAAGACCGAAGUGAGGGCAUAGAUGGUGGAAGGAACAUGGGAGCAAAGGAUAAAGACGAAAUGAAAGAUAAUAAUAGUAAUGGCAGUGAUAGUAGUGAUGGUGGUGAAACUAAUAGCGAUAAAGAGACAGGAACAAAGGAAGAUGUCAAGGGACAGAACAAACAAGAUUCAAAAAGACUUAGUAGACCUAAUUUGCACGGGUAUUUGGGUGGGAAGGUUGAUAUGGAAGAGAUUAAGGUUGCACAACAUGAUUUGAGUCAUACUUUGUUGGGUAGUUAUAUACCUAAAAGACAAUUAGAAUCCUUGACGAGUCUAGAUUUUGCCCAGUAUUUUCACAAAGCUUUAGAAUGUGAGGAGUCGUUACAGAUAUAUGAUUUGUUUAUACAACCUGUAGAGAAUAUAAAGAGUAGUUCAGUGGCUCCAAAGAAAAUUGAAAAUGGUAAUAGUAAUAAUAGCAAUAAUAUAACGAAAGAUUCCUUAAAGGAAAUUGACCCAUCGGAUCUGGAACAUAAUCAAAGAGUGUAUCAAUGGACUAAACCAGACGGUAAGGUUGUUAGAAAAGUAGUACUUUGUAACCGUUGUAAUGGUAGAUUUUUUGGUCCUAAUAGAAUGAAACAACUGUUGCAACAUAACUGUAAAAUGACUAAGUGA